CACCUCUGUUUACGAUAAUUUCCCAGCAUGCCUUUCUCACUUCCUUUUCCUCCAUCUUGCUCCUCUCAGUGACGCUGGACUCACCUGGAGAAGACUGACGAUGCCUGGAAGACUGUGGAGUAAAGCUAUCUUCACCGGCUAUAAGCGCGGUCUGAGGAACCAGCGUGAACACACGGCUCUCCUGAAGCUGGAAGGAUGUUACAGCAGAGACGAGGUGGACUUCUACCUCGGGAAACGCUGCGCCUACGUCUACAAGGCCAAGAAGAACACGGUGACGCCGGGCGGUAAGCCCAACAAGACGCGUGUGAUCUGGGGCAAGGUGACUCGGGCCCACGGCUGCAGCGGGAUGGUCCGCGCCAAGUUCAGCAGCAACCUGCCGGCAAAAGCCAUCGGACACAGAGUCAGAGUGAUGCUGUAUCCCUCCCGAGUGUAAAGAGGAACCAUCAGCAGCCGUCGAUGUUCUUGUUUGUACAGAAACAAUAAAAAUGAUCCGUCAAAACUGC